AUGCCUACGCUAUCAGCAUGCGCUUUGCUAGCCAUACUUUCCCCCCGCGUAUCAAGUCUCGGCAUCCAAUUCAUCAACCCCCCAACCCACGGCACAGACGGCGGCCUAAGCAACCCCCCUACCUACAAGCAAGACUACACCAUAAACAUCCAAUGGUAUCCCGGCGACGAAACCGGGCCCUACGACCUGGUCUUGCACCAAGUCAAGACACUAGGCCAGGAGCAGAUCGGCGACGGCGAGUUCAUCAUGCGCGGUGGGUUCGACUACUUCGCCGACGACAUCGUUAUUGUUGUCACCGGAAGGAUUGUCAACUGCAGCUUCGGCAUCAGCUUCGACGUUAGACUCAAGAGUGUCCGGCACGCCAGCACCAUCGCAGACCCGUCGAACCCUCACGACCAAGAGGUCCACCAGCACAUGCACAACGACUUCCAACUAAGCCACAAGAUCGGUCUCGGCAUAGCUAUACCCGCUACGCUUGCCCUCGGAAUAGCAGCUGGCUGGCUACUCUUUCGCCGCCUGCAAAGAAAGAGAAGAAGGGUAUCACACCAAUUACCAGCUACCGAAACUGCACAGUAUGAGCCCGACAGAGACGGCGAUCGUACUUACAAUGACGUUCACGAAGCGCCGUCGAAUCAUGUACUGGAGAUUGGUCAACCGCGUGGGAAGGGAUUUGAGGCAUUGGGAGGUGAGCUGGAAGAUAAGCCUGCGGUUGUGUCUGAGGUCUUGCCUUUGAGAUAUGAGAUGGAAGCGAAUACUGUCCAUGAGCUUCAUGAUCAGCCGGCUAAAGCAGACGAACCUGUGGUCAAGACGGAGGAUUGA